ACACUUGUACCAUCUAUAAUGAAGCAACUUAAUUUCCAUUCUAAUUCAUUAUAUCAAUCAAUCAAUUAACUGUUUCACUUUCCAUGUCAGGAAAACAAUUAUUUCUCAGUGGCUCUUACUAAUCUUAGAUUAUAGCGACAUUCUUUAUCAAAACACCAUUGCGACCUGUCUUCACUCCCUUGGUGUGGUUUUUAACAAUGUGUCCAUUUAUUCUUCGCUGUCCCUGUAAGACACACCAUUGUUUGAUGUACGAACAGCCGUCUCGGCUCUCACUUUCAGCUAGACGCCAAUAUCACUAGCUACAAGUUCUUAUAUUCAUCCAUUACAAUUUUCCGCUGUACCUAACAUUUUGUACCUUUUUAGCUCAUCUUGCAGGAAACAGUUUCCAGAGUAAGCAGAUUAGUGGAUAAAUAUUAUAGGGAUGUCCCGUUCCGAUAUCAAUAUUGGAAGUAAUCCGAUAUCGGCCCAAAAACACUGUAUCGGAUUAUAUCGGACUGCAUCAAAAAUCUCUGAUAUAAGCAGUACGUUAAGGUUCACAUUUUUGAAACCAAUGGUUUAAAAAAAAUUGUCAUUUUUUUCAUACUUGCUCUUCUUGGCUCUUGUUCUCCUAUUGAGUAAUAUCAUUUGAUCAAGCCUUUCAUACAUUCCACACUACAAAAUAGGUAAGUGUGUAUGGUUUGUGCCGAUAUCGUAUCGGAUUGAUAUCGGUAUCGGUCAGUACUGAAGGCUGCAAAAUCAGUAUUGAAUCGGAAGUGAAAACAUUGUGUCGGGACAUCCUUAAUAUAUAUGCUUUUAAUGUUAAAGCUCCCCAAACCUGGAACAGCCUCCUGCAGACAUUAGUACUCUCAAUUCUUUUUAUACUUUCCGAAAGGCAAUUCUAACCUAUAAUCAGAGUACUAGCUGUUGUAAAUGCAUUAAUUUAUUACUAUUAUCGUUUUUGUUAGUAUACAAAUUUGUUUUGAACAUUUUGUUAGUGUUUAUGGUGUUUAUUUGUACAACAAUGUACACAGGGCUUUCUUUGUGCUUUGCUGUAAAGUGACACUGGAGAUCUAGGGGGGUAGGGUGAACCAUGCGAGUUGGUCCAAGUGUGUGUGUGUGUGUGUGUGCGCGUGUGUGUGUGCGUGUGUGUGUGUGUGUGUGUGUUCUAAUUACUAUGAUUGAGAACAUAUUUCUUGCUUUCAUUGAUUGCACAUGGUUUUUGCUACCUUCUGUUGCUUUUCUUUGCUCUCUUAAUCUUGUUUAAGAGGAGCCUCGUGAAAACGAGAUGACACAUCUCAUGGAGUUAGUCCUCCUAAAAUACAUGUUAAAUAAAUAAAUAAAAUCCUGAUACUGGAGUGACGUUGGGGUGAUCACCCCUCUUCCCACAGCCAGCCGGCUAUUUUGAUGUAACGUUUUUGGGGGUGCACCAUGUGAUGCACUCUUGCCAUUCGAGCUGCGUUAUCGUCAGCGGGAGAAUAAUCAUAAAGAACAAGUUCUACGGUGAAGAACAUCUGCCACAAUUACAGGUCCCGUAAUGUUUUAUUAUUAUGUCUAAUUAAAUGUCACAGAAUAAUUAUUAACAUAUCUCUAAACUACUUAUUACCCAUUUAUAAGGGAGCUUCAUAAACACAACUCACAGAAAUGAUGAUGAUUCUGGAAGUGUUACUAGCAUCGAUUACCCCAAUAUGACCAGGGAAGCUAAAGACAAAGUUUGAUUUGUUUCAGUCACCGGGCAAUAAUGUUCAUCUUUUACUUUUUAUUUUCUCACACUUCUUAUACUAUUUAUACAUAAAAAUUACAGGCAUUUUUCGUAACUUGUAUAAUAAAAUAUCAACUUUCCACAAACAUUCAGAAAUGUUCUAGUCUUUAAAAUAACUAGACGACGUUUACGAUUGUUGUUUUGUUUUUUUUGUUUGUUUGUUUUUUGGCAUUUUUCUGUAAUUUAAAUAAUAAAUCUAGCAGCUGUCUUGUGUGUUUCAAGGUUAAAGAAGAACCACCAAAACUCCAUUAUUACACCUCAAGUGUUUUAGACAAUAUGUCAAACAGAAACUCGGUAUUUUUCCGUGACUUUUUGUCUGAUUAACACACACCAUCACCAAACUGAAGCUUCUCAGGUUUAUUAUCUGUUUAUGUUGUAAACCUGUGAAAUGCCCUGAAUGCAAGCUACAUAUGGCAACACAAUAUUUACACCCAGCUUUAAAACUACAGGAGAUACGGUAAAUAAAACCGAGUGAUUCACUCGAGUGGCUAGUUUCAUCCUCUCCACCCCGUUGUGGAAUGCUCAACUCCCUGCAGACAGAGAAACCUGUUGUACACACACACCCACACACACAAACAGAGUUACAGGUGUUUGUCUGCUUGUGUGGUCAGAAAUGGGAGUGGAUUGAUGAAGAUAUGAACCUCACCUCAGCUCCUACGUUUUAGUAAGCGAUCGAGGAGCGAGGCUGUGUGGAUGGGAGAGAGGAUUUGGCAGCGCCAUCGACCACAAACACACGAGUAUGAGUGAAUACUUGACCGAAAUCACCUCAGACCUGAGGUUGGUGCUUUUGGGAAAUAUCGGGUGUGGGAAGACGUCCUCAGGUGACACUAUCCUGGGCCAGGUGUCUCCCGUCUCCUCCGUGACUACGCGGAGCUGCACGCUGCGUCAGGGCUACAGUGAUGGCAGGAGCGUCACCCUGGUGGAGGCCCCACGAUGGUACUGGAACGGCUGUAAAAUGGAAGACGGCGUCAGAAAGGAGACGGCGCAGGCGAUGGCUCUGUUAGCGCCGGGCCCUCAUGCGGUUCUGCUGCUGGUGCCUGUUAACCAGUUCACAGAGAUGGAGGGGCGUGUGCCCGCAGAGCUGGAGGAGAUGUUUGGGAAGGAGGUGAUGGAUCACACCCUGGUCCUGCUGACCUGUGGAGACUAUCUAAUGGGGAGAACAGGAGAGGAGUACCUGCAGAAAGAACACCCGGGCCUGAGGCAGAUGAUAGAGUGCUGUGGAGGGAGGUACCACAUCUUCAAUAAUCGUCAGCAAAAGAACAGAGAGCAGGUCCAUGAGCUGCUGCAGAAGGUGGACAAGAUGGUGCAGAAAAAUGGACCAUACAGCCUGAGAUCACCCCAGGAGAAGGAUCUGGAUAAACGGGUGAAAGAACGAAAGCGGGAGCUGAUGGAAAGUUACCAAGCUCAAAAGGAGGAGAGAAGAAAGACAGUUUCAUCACAGAGCACUUCCAGCACAGACCACCUUUACAAAGAAGACAAGUCCAUGGGCCUCCUGGAGAGGAGGGAGAGGUGGUGGAAAGAGCCAGACGAGAUAGAAGGAAGACUAGAGGAGAUAAAGUCCAAUGGGCUUCAUGCAGCUCCGGUACCGGAGCAGAAGACUCAGUCAGAACCACAAGAUGAGUUCACCAGGACACCCAGUUUCAGACUGAAUGCAGAUGGAGCUGUACUCGCACAAAUGUCUGAGGACAAAUCCACACCAAAGAUGGUCUCUACUCUUUACCACAGGAUCAACAGCUUUGACGAGGGGACGCCCGAGACUCCCCCCUCGUCUCCCCAUUCGCCCGUCUUCUUCCCCUCUCCCUCGCUGUUGUCCUCAUCACCCCCUUCAACUCCCUCCUCCUCCUCCUCCUCCUCCUCCUCCUCUCUGCCCUCAUCCUCUCCGGAGCUUCGCCUGGUAUUGCUCGGGCGAGCCGGAUCAGGAAAAAGUGCAGCAGGGAACCUGAUUCUUGGGCAGGAGGUGUUCGAGUCCCACUCGGACAGCUUCACAGCCAUCACUCAGAAGUGUGAGAAGAAGAAGGCAGUGGUUGAAGGAAAAAAGGUGGCGGUAGUGGACACCCCUGAUUGGUUCAAUUCAGAGCAGACUCCAGAUGAAGUCCAAGCUCAGGUCUUCUCCUGCGUUGCUCUGUCCAGCCCCGGCCCUCAUGCCUUCCUCUUGUGCGUCCCCGUGGACCAGUCGGCCAAGACGGAGCUGCAAGCCGUCUCGGCCCUGGAGAAGGUUUUUGGCCCAGAAUCGGUCCAGAGGCACACUCUGGUCCUCUUCACGUACGCAGAUCGACUGAAGGCCAGCGGGAAAGCAGAAAACGUGGAGGAGUACAUUGCCAGUGAGAGGAGCGAUUUGUUAAAACUUGUCGAAAAAUGUGGAGACAAGUUUCACAUUCUGGAGAAGGGAGAAGGUUGGAGGGAGAAGAAGACUGUGGCAGAGCUGUUGGAGAAGGUGGAGCAGAUGGUGAAGGCAGCUGGAGGACAGUGUUAUUCUUGCCCUGCUUUUCAGGAGGCUGAGGACAAAGUGAGACAGAGGCAGCUGCAGCUUGUGAGGGAAAGAAGGAGCAAUAGGCCAGAGACGAUCCAAGCAGGAUACGGUGGACAGUUCCACUCAGAGAGGCAGCUUCUGCCUCUGGUAGAGGAGGACGUGAGGGAAGAUGAGAUUGAUGGAGUACGGGACGAGGCAGAGAUGAGCGUGAGCAAAAUGAGCAUCGAGAGCCUCCCUCCUGUCAGGUCUUCCUCCUUGUCUCCUUCUCUGCUCCGUUCUGUCAUGGAGAAAAUGGAGUUGACCGCCAAGACACUUCCUCAGCUGUUGGCCGAUGGCUCGGUCUGGGUUGGAGAGGGAGCAAAGACGAUGAAAAAUAGUCCCAUAUGGGGAACAGUUGGCACUGGUGCCCAGAAUGUCCAGAAGCUAGUGGUUGACAGCUCUGUGUGGGGCAAGGUGGGAGCCACUAUGGACCAAGUGUCCAAAGCAGUAGGAGAUAGGGUUCCCCAGGUGGUGGUGGAUGGUUCCUCGUGGGUGGGUUCUGGAGCUACAGCAGUGGCAUCAAGCCCAGUGUGGGAGAUUGUCAGCUCUGGCGCUAAAACUGGAGCUAAACUGGUGGCAGAUGGUUCAGUGAUGGUUAGAUCUGGAAUUGGUGCCGGUGCAAAGAGGAUGGCACAGAGUCCGGUGUGGGGCAAGAUGGGUUCUGGGGCAAAAACAGGCGCCAAAAUGGUGACAGAUAGUUCAGUAUGGGAGAAAAUCUGCACCAGUGCUGAGCAGGCUCCCAAAGUGGUGAUUGGGGCUGCCAUUCUGGGUCUGUUGCUUGGUGUGGUUUUAGCUGGGGUGAUUGGUGGGGUUGUCGGGACAGCUGCCGGUUCUGCUGUAGCUGAGGUGGGCAGACGUAAAUUCAGCAAGAGAACCACACCAGAGGAGGCUACAAAUGUUGAGACGGCAGUGGAAAGCCGCACGGACGCGCUGGUGAAGGGAGCUAAGAGCUGUAAAAGUGACUAAAGGACAAGAGACCAAGGUUUAGUGAGACUUUAUGUUUGAUCACAUUCAGCUCAGGUGUCCGGACUAUCUCUGUAAACAUGUAUAAAUACAAUCUGCUGCUGGAAUCAUCCCAACUCAGAUCAUCUGUUUAUAAAACCUUUGUAUAAAUCAUCCAUCUCCUGUCUCGCUGCUUAUUUCUGAAAUUAUAUUGAAAAUGCAGAUUUGUUAGCAGUAAUCUGGAGUUUUAUUUGUAUGCUCCUCCAAAUGUAAGUCGAGGUUAUUUAAUGAGUGAAACUUGUAAAAAUAAACAAUGUUGUUUCUGUUCCUCAUUAAAGGCCGGCUUUAUGAAACCA